AUGCAGAACUCCACCCUCGAAGUGUCAAUAUUGACAGACAUGGCCAAUUUUGAGUAUGAUUCAAAGAGACUUGAUCAAAACGUUACCAGAGGACGGUUUAAAGACGAAGUAGCAAUCGUCUGCGGCGGAGCAAGUGGGAUUGGAAGAGCCACGGUAAAAAGGUUUUUGAAUGAUGGGGCCAAAGUGGCAGUUUUUGACUUGAAUGGUGACAAUGACUUUGGAGAUGAAAAUGUGAAAGUUUACCAGAUUGACUGCAGUAAAAAAGAAGAUUGUGAGACCUCAGUAUCAUCAGUCAUCUCGGACUUCGGAAAAAUCAACCACUUGGUCUAUUCCGUCGCGUAUUUUGGCUCAAAAGCUCUCGACGCAACAGAAGAAGAUUGGUCAAAAUCGCUGAUGAUCAAUGUCGCCGGCGCCGGGUUCAUGAUUUCAGCCGUCACUCCUCAUUUAGAAAAAGCGGAGGAGAGGAGAAGAUCUGUUUGUCUUCUGACGUCGAUUUCUUCGACUCAAGCGCAAUGGCACAGGUGGACUUAUGGCGCGACAAAGGGGGCUUUGUGGAGCUUGGUUCGGCAUGCGACCUUGGAACUAGGAGAAAAGGGGAUAAGGGUCAAUUCUGUCAGUCCGUCGUGGAUUUGGACUCCUGAAGUGGCAAAAGCCUAUCCUGAAAAAUCCGAAAUCAACUCUCCAUCUGGCCCUGGCCAACUUUACCAUUCCCUCGGCCGAGUCGGGGAGGUGGAUGAAGUUGCUGCUGCGAUUUGCUUUUUAGCUUCGAGAGAUGCUGGGUUUAUUCAUGGCCACGAUUUACAAGUUGGCGGUGGGUACCACGCAAUGGGCCCUGAAGGAUGCCAACCUGCCAAAUUUGCUGGCUCCACUGAUUCUUAA